AUGGUCUACGUCUCAGACUGGAACGACUUCCAACAGCGAUGCAUACACCUCUACCAGAAGAGUCCAGAACGGACUCGAUACCUGAUCAAAGCCAGACCAUCGACGCACCAGCUCGUGUUAAAAGUGACCGACGACCAGACCACGCUCAAGUUCCGCACGCGCUCCUCGGUCAUCCUGGGCCGCUUUGAAGUCUUCAACCGCGCAAUGAUGGCCGCCAUGGCCGGCCACGAAAAACCCGCGUCCCUCCUCAAUCCCCCAACGCCCGCCGUCGGGGCCGCGACGACAACACAGCACGAUGCGGCCGCCGCCUCGGGCGCGGCAUCACAGGCUACCUCGACGACUGCGCCCGCGGCAACAGCAGCCGGCGCAACAGCAUCCGCAGGCACAGGCGCGGGUGGGACGUCGUCGGCGAGUAAAAAGAAGAAGAAGAAGGGCAAAAAGUGA